AUGGAUGCAUCUGUUGCGCAAAUGGUAGAUUUGCGUAUCGAUGUAAAAUUAUUCUUUCGCAUCUAUCCACAAAUAUACACAAAUGUAUCGAUGACAGAGUUGAUGCAUUUGUGCAUAGAUGCGGAAUUAAUACAUCUGCGUAUCGAUGCAGAAUCGUUGUGCAUUUUCUGCAUAGAUGCGGAAUUAAUACAUCUGCGUAUCGAUGCAGAAUCGUUGUGCACUUUUGCCUAA